AUGCGUCAUAAAAUUCUGGAAAAUGAAGAGAAGGGAGAGGAGGGAGAAUAUAUAGAGAUGGAUGAUAUGAAAGGGGAGGGGAGCUAUGGAAUGGCAAGAGAGGGCGGUCUGGAUGAGCCAGUUUUAGAGCUAGAGUGUUACUUUCUGACUUUUAUAAAGGCAGUUAAAGACAGCCGGAUGCUUGGCAACAGGUGGCAGGACUUAGUCCCCAGCGAGUUCCUCCACGCUGCGGGUUGUCACUUUCAGUUUUCCGCGUCUCAUCCGAUAUCUCAUUCUCAGUUAGGUGGCAAGUUUCGUCGCAAAUCUUUGGAUAUUCUACAGAUUUUAUACGUGCUUUAUAUUGGCGCUGGUAUCGUCACAACCUUUACCACAACCAUCAUCACUGUCAGUAGUGGCGCCGGUGUCAUCACCACCACCAGUGGCACUGGUGUCAUCACCAGUGGCACUGGUGUCAUCACCACCAGUGGCACUGGUGUCAUCACCAGUGGCACUGGUGUCAUCACCAGUGGCACUGGUGUCAUCACCAGUGGCACUGGUGUCAUCACCAGUGGCACUGGUGUCACCACCAGUGGCACUGGUGUCACCACCAGUGGCACUGGUGUCACCACCAGUGGCACUGGUGUCACCACCAGUGGCACUGAUGUCACCACCAGUGGCACUGAUGUCACCACCAGUGGCACUGAUGUCACCACCAGUGGCACUGAUGUCACCACCAGUGGCACUGAUGUCAUCACCAGUGGCACUGAUGUCAUCACCAGUGGCACUGAUGUCAUCACCAGUGGCACUGAUGUCAUCACCAGUGGCACUGUCGUCACCACCAGUGGCACUGAUGUCAUCACUAGUGGCACUGAUGUCAUCACCAGUGGCACUGAUGUCAUCACCAGUGGCACUGAUGUCAUCACCAGUGGCACUGAUGUCAUCACCAGUGGCACUGAUGUCAUCACCAGUGGCACUGAUGUCAUCACCAGUGGCACUGAUGUCAUCACCACCAGUGGCACUGAUGUCACCACCAGUGGCACUGAUGUCACCACCAGUGGCACUGAUGUCACCACCAGUGGCACUGAUGUCAUCACCACCAGUGGCACUGAUGUCAUCACCAGUGGCACUGAUAUGGGCGUGAGUGGCGUGGUGUUGGUGGGGGCGUGGUGCGUGUUGACGUGGGCGGCGGGCGUGAUCGGCCAGCGGUCGCCCUGUUACCAGUGUGACUGGUACAGAGGAAGACACCCACACACCAGCCCCUACACUGUGGUGGACGGACGGGUGGACGGACGGAUGGACGGACGGACGAACGGACGGACGGAUGGGCAGGCGGACGGACGAUCAACCCAGGAUAGGCUACAACACAUACAGGAAAGCAUGGAGAUCAGUAUAUGUGGCAGUGUGCCGGAGUGCCAGGCAGGAGUACCUCUAGUGCGGGACGGAUGUGGUUGUUGCUGGCAGUGUGCAAGGCAGGCGGGGGAGGCUUGUGACAGAGUCACCGUCUGUGACACCUCCAGGAAUCUCACUUGCGUCUUCAACACCACCAAGAGUCUCGCUGGUUCCUGCCACGAGGUACUUCCUGCCAGAUGCAGCGUCAACAAUCGCACCUUCAACGACGGUGAAUCCUUCAAUCUCGACUGUCGCACCCAGUGUACCUGUCAGAAUGGGACGUAUGCCUGCGUGUCGCUGUGCCCCAGUGAAAGCAUCCUGCCCAGUGCCCAGUGCCACCACCCUCAUCUGGUAACAGUGCCAGGCCAGUGCUGCAGGGAGUGGAUGUGUGACACCGACCCAGGUAAGGCUGUUGGACCCCCGGAGUGUGAGCGAGGGUCGGGAAAGUGGUCCAGGUGUUCACUACAGACUUGUGGCGCUGGUGUGUCUGUGCGUUGGUCCACUGACAACGCCCGCUGUCAGUUGGUUAAUCAGACUCGUCUGUGUCAGCUGCGACCGUGUCAGUACCCUCGUCAGCAGCAGCUGACGUCGCCACACCUCCAACCUGGAGCUCAACACCCAACCAAGAAACAUCACAUCAGGCGAGGACACACGUGUAAGGCAACGCAGAGACACGUCAACUGGGUGCGUCUCCGCGCUGGCUGGUGUGUGAGUGAACGUCGCUACCGACCCAAGGUUUGUGGCUCUUGUCCUGACCGCUGCUGCACCGUUCACACCUCCACUACCAUCUCCAUCGCCUUCCUCUGCCCGCUCCACGCCAACACCAACCUGCUGGCGGCCCCACACGCCGCCCACACCGGCUUGCCACUCCCACGCCCACGCCCAGAUGCUCACCCACCCUCCACACGCUCCCCUAGCGUGUAUGACAUGAUGGAUGAGGGUCAGCCAGUAGAAGAGGCUGUACUCUCCUACCCACACCGGUCACAACACCCUUACAAAGUUCAGAAUGACGCUGACUUUACCUACGACAACUACCUGACCGAUGACACUCGUCAGUACAACGACGACGACCUCGACGACGAACUUUUACUGGAACACGAGAACCUGACUGUGGAAGACGACGCUGAGUUCGACGACAUAAAGAGCGACAACUACGAGAUCGUUCACUAUCAGGUGGAGUGGAUAUUGAGGUGUAAGUGUAGCUCUAACUGCGACACCCACGACCCUGCCUACGACACCCACCCACCACCCACAACGACCCAACAUCCUGCAGAAACUCCCACGUAACUACCGUCAGGCUAUUCCUGAUCACUAUCUGUUUGGAAGUCAGCUCCAAGAAACCACGGGCUAUCAUCAACAUAGUGAAACGAGAUUGUAGAUUGUAUAUAAUGAAGCGUUAAAUCCAUGUGAGCUGUCCUGCGCAGGGAGUGCUGGGGACUCUAUCCUCCGUCUGCUCAACGCAGCUUGGUGUCUGUCCUGGCAGGCCUUUGGUAACCCCCUGAGAAACAAGAAACACUAGGCACCGUUGACUCGAGUUCCUUGGGUUUUCUGAACAAAUAAGAGCAAGCGUAAGAUUAUACAAAAUAAAUACCUGAUAAUGAGGGCAGUAUGAAGCUUCGAGUUGUAUAAAAUAUCAUUACGCAAAGAUCUUAAUUGCAGUUUUUAUAGAGUGUUAUUUUAAAGGUGUAAGAUAUAGAAGGCCUUUUGGAAACAUAAUGUUACAAAAUUAGCAUAUAUAAUCUGUGACUGGAGUGUUUCGUAAUAGGUUUAUAUAUUUUGCAUGCAUAAUGAAGAUAAAAGGCUGGAGAUGCGGUUGAAGGUGUUCUUGGCCAUAACUCACUCGCCUUUAAUAUGUGAAGUUGUCGGAAAAAAUAUACAUUAUCUAUUGGAUAAGUGGAAACAUAAAUAUAUUGUAGCACCAUGUUUAGUAAUCGGUGAUGGUGGUGUUAGUUCGUCGGGAAAGAGAAAAAUGUCUCCUGACGGGAAUCAUUGAUCGUCUUGCAGUGGUCCGCUCAUUAGUCAGCAAGUGGGCAUGCGGGAACUUGGUUUUCCAUACCAUAAAAGACAAAGAUCACAUAGUAAUGUCCCCUCUAUUGAGCACCGUCUUGUGUAGAGUUGCGAUGAGUUUACAGGGUUUGGCAGAGCUAAAGUCGAGAAGCGCACAAUAGCUGGCGAGAGUCAGGAGACUGAAGGAGGGGGUCGAUAAUGUCCUGUGUGGAGGAGAGUUUGUGUGGAUGUUAGGAUGUGUGGAGGAGAGGGUAUGUGGAAGUGUGGGAAGACCAAAGACCAUAGUGCAUCACUCUUAACAACAAUGGGUAUGGGACAGUCCAGGAGGAACAAAGAGUGCACAACAGAGCUCUGCACAACGGUGAACAAUAUACACGAUAUUAACAAUGUGAACAUAACGCUAGAGAACAAAAUGUUUUGAACUAACCGAGAAAAAAGGAAAAAGUGUACAUAUAUAACCAUAUGCUGAUAAUGUAGCCUUGUUUGCAGUUGAGUUUUAAUAUACCUGCAUUUAUAAACCAGAGCUACAUAGCUAUUUAAAACAUUUAAAAAACAAAGCUGUAUAACUGUAUAAAUUAUUUAUAUUUCUAAUAAAAACGAC